AUGUCAAUUUCCCCUUUCAUUAUCACCAGGCAGACAGCCAUAGAACAUAUAUCAGAGUCAGUGUUUGUGGGACUGUGUCGUAAAGUGGGGACCUCACAACUGGUAGCCAUGAGGAGAGAUAUGAUGGACAUCAGUGAGAUGAUGAAAAAUCACGUUAGUAAAGGUGACAACAUCAGUAUGAUGUUGAGUGGAAGUCAAAGGGAAGGAUUCAGACUGAAAGGAUCAGAUAAAGACAUUAUGUUUUGGCCAAAUGAUCACCGUGUGGUCUGGGAUUUAUCUCAGUAUCAGUAUUGCAACACACAGAAUCAAACUUUGAUCCUCUGUGACUGUUCUGAAAGUCCGCCAGGAUUCGCUUUGUUAUACUUACCGUCACCAAGCAAAGAACCAAGAAUCCAGAGAGCUUGUAUAAAAAUGAAAAACAGACAUUAUAUUUCUAGUUCUAUAUACAGACAGAUUAUGUGUUCUGCAGCACCACUUACAUGUAGCUCCAUUCAACAUGGACCCUGUGAAAGUGGAAUUUAUAUAACAAUAGAAUAUGAUAUUGCAGACUGUUUUGUUUGUGACUUUUGGCCUCCAUCUGCCUCCUCGUGGAUACACAGAUGUCACACAUGGCCCCAGUCUGAUGUUGUUGAUGAUUUAGUGCAAAAUGGAUGUCACUUUGUAGCAGUUGGACACAAGUUAGGAAGUCAUGAAGACAGUGAAUGGAGAAUUUCUUUUUCACUGGCAGAACAAAAACUUGUGUGUGCAAUGAACCACUGUCAAUUCUUAACCUUUGCCUUGCUGAAAUUGUUCUUAACAGAAAUAAUUAAUAAUGGACUACGUGAUGAUGAUAAAUUACUGUGUUCCUAUCACAUGAAGACAGUAGUUUUCUGGGUGAUUCAACUCAACACAAUACCUCACUGGUGUCCUCAAAAUCUUCUUGGGUGUUUCUGGGUCUGUUUUAAACGCAUCCUCAAAUGGGUUUAUGAGGGGAUAUGUCCUAACUUUUUCAUUCCAGGAAACAACAUGUUUCUGGGUAAAAUUUAUAGUGAAGCACAACAUCAAUUAUUUGUUAGACUGUAUGGGUUGUAUGAGAAGGGUUUCGCAUACCUGUUACAAAGUCCCUCCAUAAGGAUUUAUAUUAUAAAUGCCCUUCAUAUCCCCAGACUCUCCAUCUGUACAGAUGAACAUAAUCUGAUUUCGGAGGCCGAGUUUGAUGUAAAUCUAUUUCAAGAAAUAUAUAGGCAAGACACACUACCUUCUUUGAAUCUACAAGGAUGUAUGAGAUAUCUAAGUAUUAUAGAACAGACGAUAGGUUCACCCCUCCUGACACAGUUUCAAGUCCUAAUGCUGCAGAAACUUACAGCUAAUGACCUGCAGAAAAUUGCUUUUAAUUUGCACACGAAAACUUACACACAUGAAAACAAACUGAGGUACAGAGCUGACAAAAUAUGCCACAUGCUGAAAUUAGCAGCCAAGUUUGGUUUUCUUCCUGAUAUGCUGUAUAUAGUCAUGUAUUAUUUCGAGACACUUAAAUACAUUGAAGCUUUAUCUAUUAUAAAGAUGAUCAAGGUCAAGUUAGCAAAACCAUUUGUGAUGUUCUAUAAUGUAAAUAUAAAGAUGUAUUCUGAAGCUACAUGUGGGCAGUCCUGGCCUACAAAGAUGAGACAGGCUGUAGCAUGGCAUAUCAAACUUGAUAAUAAAAUCCAUUACAUUAGUGAAUUGAUACCGGAACAACAGUCUGCUCUACAGAAUGGGCAGCCUGAAAUAUUUCUUCCACCCAUGGUACUAUUAUACAUGCUAGAGAUCUUGUGCUACAGACAUGUAGACACAAUGAGAUCACGAAUAGCUCUAGAUGAUCUACAGACCCUAGUUCACUAUGAUAAGGGACAGUUUAUACAUGUACUAUACAGAGACAUAUCGUGGCAGAUUCUGGGGAUCUGUCAACAGGUGACUGGGAACUUCCAGGCUGCUCUUUAUUCAUACCAAAAAUCUUUAACACAAGAGCCUUACCACAAAAUACAAACAGCUACAGAAAUGAGAAUAGCUGAAAUUUUUAGAUGUAAUCCCUGUAUUACUUAA